GAUAUAUUUAUUAGAAUAAAAAAAAGCGGCAACUCAGUAACAUUGAUUCUUUUGAUUACCAGUUUUAACUGGUAAAAAUUAAAAUCGAUUGUGAGUUGUCUUCGAUGGGGCAAAUACAAACAAAAAAUGACUUACACGCAAAAAAAUAGAGAUGAAAGAAGUACUAAAGAAAACUUCAAAACAUUUAUGGAUUUGGAGUUCCUGUGCUGUUAAGGCCGCGCUUGGAGCUUCUAAAGAAGAUUGAAAACUAAUUAUAAACAAUAAUCACUUUGUUCAGCGGCUGACUACAUUAGAACCAAAAUGGCGGCUAACUGCAUUCGUGAAGUAUAAAAUUUCAAUAUUUUCAUUCACUUUUUUGUUGAAUUUGAUUUUUAUAUAGAACAUCAAAUGAGGCUUCUCAAGCCUAACUGGGUUUCUCACGAUGGGAGACCUAUAUUUUCAGUUGAUAUUCACCCAGACGGGUCAAGGUUUGCUACUGGGGGUCAAGGUGAUGAUUGUGGUAAAGUUGCAAUAUGGAAUAUGGGUCCAUUGAAAGUUGAAGAGGAGGAAUUGAAUCAUGAAAUUCCUAGGCUUCUGUGUCAAAUGGAUAACCAUUUAGCUUGUGUAAAUUGUGUACGUUGGUCUAACAAUGGUAAAUACCUUGCAUCUGGUGGAGAUGAUAACUUGGUUAUGAUAUGGCAAAUGGCAAGGUAUACUGCACCCAUGACAACCUUUGGUGGCGGAGGAGGAAAGCUAAACAUUGAACAGUGGCGAUGUGUACACAACUUGAAGCAACAUGAUGGAGAUGUUCUGGACUUGUCUUGGUCACCAGAUGAUUCAUUUCUUGCCUCUGCAAGUGUUGAUAAUACAAUUUCAAUCUGGAAUGCACAAAGAUUUCCAGAGGUCAUACAGGUUCUCAAGGGUCACACUGGUCUUGUGAAGGGUGUGACUUGGGAUCCUGUUGGUAAAUAUCUAGCAUCUCAGGCUGAUGAUAAAACCUUGAAAGUCUGGCGCACAAGUGACUGGCAACAAGAGGCAUCAGUUACUGAGCCCUUCCUGGAAUGUAGUGGUACCACUCACGUGCUACGAUUAAGUUGGUCUCCUGAUGGUCAUUAUGUAGUGUCAGCACAUGCUAUGAAUAAUUCUGGUCCUGUUGCUAAGAUACUAGAGAGGGAUGGAUGGAAAACAAGGAUGGAUUUCGUAGGGCACAGGAAGGCAAUAACCUGUGUUCGAUUCAAUCCCAAACUGUUUGUCAAGAAAGUGAAUGGUGACUCAUCAAGGCUAAAGCAAUAUUCAUGUUGUGCAAUUGGAUGUCGUGACCGUUCUUUAUCUAUUUGGCUAACAUCCUUAAAGAGACCUCUGGUUGUCGUUCAUGAUCUGUUCAAUCAUUCUGUUAUGGAUAUGUCUUGGAGUCAGACAGGCUUUGAAUUGUUAGUGUGUUCUUGGGAUGGGACAGUGGCUUAUGCAGACUUUUCAUCUGAGGAAUUAGGAAAAGCUAUGUCACAACAAGAAAAGGAAAAGUUCCACAAGCAAGUGUAUGGAAUCAGCAUCAGCAGUAAUAAAACAAAGUUUGCAUCAUCUAUCAUAGAAAACCCAGAAAUGUUGAAAAUACAGCAGCGGCAUUUAAUGAAACAACAAACUGAAGCAAAUAUACCAAAACCGUCUAUACCCCCUCCCCCACUGGUUCCAUCGGGAGCCACCUCUGGUACUCCUACAAAACAAGAAAAUUCACAGCUUUCAAAUGGUAUCUCAAGUGUYUCAAGAGCAAUUUUCUCAAGUCCAAGCUCAAGUAGUAAUACAAGUGUAAAAGAACAGCAAAAAGAAACUCGAACCAAAGAUGGCAGAAGAAGAAUAACACCAGUGUUAGUAGCUCAAAUGGAUGUCAAUGAUACACCAUUACCUUUUGGGAGUAGUUGUACUGCACAACCCCCACCAGCACCUSCAACAUCAUCUACUAUUAACUCAUCAGAUUUCUCUAAAAUACCAACAUCACAGAGUCUGUCAGCACUGCAUUCAAGGAUUGGUGAGCAAGCCAUGACAGGUUUUAAAGAAAGCUCUAAAGAUAAUCUUAUAACUACCAAGGCUCCUAUACCAGUUGUCAAGGCAACAUCAAUCACAUCAAAAUCUCCUGCAAAGUCAUUGUCAUUGAGUCGUCAAUCUUCUCCUUCCAAACAAGCAUCAUCUACAACAUCUUCUAGCACAUUGAUGGUAAAGAGAAAAAAUGAUACUCCGACGGGAGCAUCAAAGAGACCUCGGAAAGACAAAGAACAAGCUUCAAGAAGUGUUUCUGCCUCAUCUCGGCAAAAAGAAGAUCGUUCAGAACAUGAUGAAUCUGUAACAGCAAUUGUAGCAACACGUCACACAGUGUGCAUCCCAUCUCCUUCACCUGAAAAAACACUUACAGUACAGAUUGGUGGUGGUGAUGGUAGUGUUACUUUGGAAUUGGAAAAUAAUCUUAGCUCUUCUGUUAAUGCUGUAAAUGUUUUAAAAUGUACAUCUGGUGGUCACAUGUCUUGGGAAGCCAUGGUAACAAGCCCUGGAAUAGCCCUAGCAGGAAAUAGGAACAUYGUUUGUGUUGCUUGCCUUAACAAAACCUUGAAUGUGUUUUCAUUUGGUGGUACCAGAUUGAUGCCUGCUUUAGUACUUGAUGGUACUGCUUCAAUGUUACUAUGUAACGGCUAUUACGUCAUGGUUGUUACGUCAUCGGGGAGUGUCUACGUAUGAGAUCAAAAAUUUGGACUGAAAUUUUCCUUGUGUUUGUUAUCUGUUUUCUUCGCAGGAAAUGAUGUAUCUAUUGCAAGAGCCUCAAUAUCAGAACGAGGUUACCCGGUCAUAACACUGUCAAACCAGUCUUCAUAUUCCUUCGAGCCAGAGUUUGGUGCCUGGAUUCAGUUGGUACGAGCUGAAGAUCCACUAGCGUUGAACGCAGAUUACAAGUCUUCUACUCCUCGUCAAGACCCUUUUGAAGUGAGAGGACCACUGUCACAGCUACAAGGACAGAGUACGAGRCUUGCACAUCAAGGGGGUCGUUUGUUCCGUUCGAACCCAGGCCGCCAGCAAACGGCAACAGUGUCUCAUUUAGAGAACCAACUUGCAGCUUGUCUAGCUCUGGGAUCUGGGAACGAAUACCAUUUUUGGUUAAUGACGUAUGUUCGAUACCUUGUCCAAUCAGGUCUUGAAUCGCGGAUUCGUGACGUAUGCGACGAGUUCCUUGGUCCACCCUACAGAUCGACGUCACAAAGCAAGUCGUCUACCUGGACCCCACGAAUUUUGGGCUAUCUCAAGAAAGAAUUACUUCGAGAGAUUCUUCAUGUUAUAGGUACAAAUAUUCGUCUUCAACGACUGUUCACUGAAUAUAAAGACCAGCUUGAUGCUGCUGAAUUACGGACAUAACAUUUCCCACAUGGAGGACUUG